AUGGUCGAGUCGUCCCAGCCAGUACAACCUUCUUAUGUAGCCCUGAGCUACUGCUGUGGAGGUGACCAGAGAGUCAAGCUGCGCCAAGUCAACAUUGACAAAUGGCGCAAAGGGCUUCCUUAUGAGGACCUUCCGCAAACGAUCAAGGACGCGAUAACGGCCACUUUGAAUUUUGGGUUAUCUCAUCUCUGGGUGGAUGCUCUAUGCAUUAUCCAGGAUUCAGACGAUGAUAAGGCACAGGAGAUCUCGCGCAUGGGCGAUAUAUACGAACAGGCCCACUUUACUAUUACCGCCGCCCGGGCGAAAAUGGUCGAGGAAGGAUUCCUGCAUUCUCGGACUAUCGCAGGCGAGAGAGGAUUCCGGAUCCCAUAUCUCUGUGUGAACGGUGAUCUGGGCUCUGCCGUGUUCUGGACAGGCAGGGCAAACGGUGAACCGGAACCGACUGAGACGCAGGCUUGGUGCUUCCAAGAGUCCAUUCUCUCACCUAGGGUGCUUUACUUUGGGACGCAUAACUCCAAGUGGAUAUGCGCAGAGACGCGAAAGCAAGACUCCAGACCUCUCUACGACGGCUGGAUUGGAGACUCAAGCCUGAAUCUCGAGAGUAUCAACAGCAGCAGACAUUUGGUCUACGGCGUAGAAUGGACCGCUAUGGCUGAUUCCGGGGCUUUUUACCAUGGGUGGAGAGAUCUUCUGCAGUACUAUUCCGUCAUGGAGGCCGGACAGCAGCAGGACAGGUUGCUGGCUAUGUCGGCCAUUGCGAAGAAGAUCGGUGGGAUCGCAAAGGACAGGUACUCGGCCGGAAUCUGGAUGAACAGACCAAGUGAUUCACUCACCUGGGUUUCCUACUCCGGCGAAGCCAAAAGGCUGACUGACUACUUCAUCCCUUCUUGGUCGUGGGCAUCUCUAUCGGGAGGGGUCGGCUUGGAGAGUUCCUAUCCCAUGGAAGAGUUCUCCAUCCAGCACUUGAAAGUUAAAAGCCAGAUAUCAGGUGACGACUUCAGUGCACCAAUCGAAGCACAGUUGAAGCUGCAGACGCUGACCUUUCCAGCUCACGUCCGCAGAAAUGAGGAGUUCGGCGGAGACUUCUUGUGGGACCUAGCAGUUGGUGAAGCCGUUGAUAGCCAGCUGUAUGUGGACGUAGCUAUCGACUGCACGGACUACAGUGCACUACUAAGGUAA